ACGGCGGCGUGAAGAAAAGUACACCGCAUCGCGGAGAGUCGCGGUUUCGCUGAACUGUUCGCAGCGUCGUAGCGUGUGUCGUGCGUCGCCGGCACAGUACCUACGGUCAUCGCGAUGACGAACGAGACGCCCUCGCCGACGGCCAACGGCACGGCAACCGCGGAGCUGUACCCUCCACCGGCGCGUGUGCGAGACAAGGCGUACGUCCGAAGCAUGGUCGAGUAUCAAGAGAUGUACCAGAGGUCUUUGCGGGACCCGGAAGGUUUCUGGAAAGCCAUAGCGCAGGACUUCUACUGGAAGCACCCGCCGAAAUCCGGGAAGUUCGUCGACUACAACAUCGACGUGCGCAAGGGCCCCGUGCAUAUCCGCUGGAUGGAAGGCGCCAAGACCAACAUCUCCUACAACUUGCUCGACCGAAAUGUGGAGCGAGGGCUGGGCGCCACCGUUGCAUAUUACUGGGAAGGCAAUGACCCGGAAGACUGCAGUACUAUCACCUACCAGCAGCUGCUGGAUGAUGUAUGCCGGUUCGCCAAUGUGCUCAAGAGCCGAGGCCUCAAGAAAGAAGACACAGUCGCCCUGUACAUGCCCAUGACCCCAGAGUUGGUUGUUGCCAUGCUGGCAUGUGCCCGAAUCGGAGUCAUUCAUUCUGUCGUGUUUGCAGGUUUCUCAUCAGACUCCCUGGGCGAGAGGCUCAAGGAUGCAAAGUGCAAAGUUGUCAUCACAGCGGAUGGUGUCUGGCGUGGGCCAAAGCUCGUUAACCUCAAGGAGAUAGUGGAUCAUGCUGUCCGCAAGGCCAAGGAACAAGGUCACGAAGUGAAGCAGACCAUUGUGGUGCGACAUCUGACGUCUGAGAAAGUGCAACGCAAGGACAUUGGCAAGCGGCCCUUCUCUGGGCUGCAGGUGGCCUGGAAUGCUGAGCAGGACUCCUGGUGGCACGAGCUCAUGACAAACCAGCCCACAACCUGCACCCCCGAGUGGCUCGACGCAGAGGCUCCUUUGUUUCUGCUGUACACAAGUGGAUCCACAGGAAAACCUAAGGGAAUACUGCAUACAUUGGCCGGUUACAUGCUGUUCACCGCCACCACCUUCAAGUACGUCUUUGACUACCACCCAGGCGAUGUCUACUUCUGCACGGCUGACAUCGGCUGGAUCACAGGCCACUCGUAUGUUGUGUACGGAGUCCUUGCCAAUGGUGCCACCAGCGUCAUGUUUGAAGGGGUGCCAUUCUACCCGGAUGCAAGCCGCUACUGGGCCAUAGUGGAAAAGUACAAGGUGACCCAAUUCUACACAGCACCCACAGCCAUACGGGCCCUCAUGAAGUAUGGAGACUCCUUCGUUUGCAAACAUGACCGAAAGUCGCUGCGCAUUUUGGGAACUGUUGGUGAGCCCAUCAACCCAGAGGCCUGGCUUUGGUACCACAAAGUGGUCGGAAAUGGGACUUGUGCUAUUGUGGACACCUUCUGGCAGACAGAGACGGGAGGUCAUGUGUUGACACCCUUACCAGGAGCCACACCAACCAAGCCGGGUUCUGCGACAUUUCCAUUCUUUGGAGUGGAGCCUGCUAUUGUUGAUGAGCAGGGUAAGGAGCUGGAAGGAGAGGCCGAAGGCUACCUGGUAUUCAAGAAGCCCUGGCCCUCCAUGAUGCGAACGGUCUACAAUAACCAUGUUCGAUUUGAGACCACAUAUUUCAAGAAGUUUCCUGGUUACUACUGCACUGGUGAUGGGGCACGCCGAGACAAGGACGGCUACUUCUGGGUCACUGGCCGCAUGGACGACAUGCUCAAUGUUUCGGGCCACCUGCUCUCCACGGCCGAAGUGGAGUCGGCGCUCAUCGAACAUCCAGCAGUGGCAGAAUCUGCAGUGGUUGCGCACCCGCACCCUGUAAAGGGCGAGUGCCUCUACUGCUUCGUCGUACUCAAGGAUUGCCAUGAAUACAAUGAUCAGCUGGUGAGCGAUCUCAAGGAGAAAGUUCGGACCAAGAUUGGUCCCUUCGCCACGCCCGAGUACAUUCACCAUGCCGAGGCACUGCCCAAGACCCGGUCGGGGAAGAUCAUGCGUCGCGUGCUGCGUCAAGUUGCCCGGAAUAACCGUAAUUUCGGGGAUCUCAGCACCCUGGCAGAUGAAAACGUCGUGGAAGCCCUCUUUAAGACAAGGCCACCCGUAGCCUAGACCAGCUUACCCCGGCUUACAUUGUAGUGAGAGUGUGCAGUGAUCCAGAAUGCAAUCUAAUGGUCAGGCCAGAAGCCCAUUCCCCUUUGUGCCACGGCUCACGAUUACAGUGGUAAAAGAUACUUGAGCUAUUUUUCACUUGAUCCUAACUUGUAAGCAACAGCGCAAGGCUUGGUUUAGCAACUGAUACCUGUUAAAAUGGACAACAGCUAAUUUAUUGUGGAAAGCUAACGCAAUACAUUAUGCAGUGUGAGUUGCUGUCCAUUGAGGAAUGCUUGAAUGGUACAGGUGCACACACGACGUCUGCCGUCAUGGAAAAGCUACUCAUGAAAAAGUUGGGUUGCUGUUGACGCUAGCAGUUCUCCCAAGUGGCACAGUAAGAGCUGGCUACCAUUGUGUGCGGUGCCCAAAUUGUCUUAGACUGACGUACUGCAAACACUGCUACAAUGCACAGUGAAAACAAUUGCAAUGCAGGGGCACUUGUUUCUACAUAUGGCUCAACUUUUACUAGUGAUGCCAGCCACAGCCAAGAGUGUUGUUAUCCAGGCAGAAGAAUUGAGCUGACUCGCCACGUCAUGUUCGACAGGCUAGCUUGCAUUCUGGGUCACUUGAAAGCUGCUGCAUGGAAUGUGGUGCAGAGUCAGAUGAAGGGGACAUUUUGCCAGAUAUGUGCACAGUGCAUUUAUCUAGCUGAGAAUCUACUUAAGCUUACAACUGCUGUUGUUUAAUGAUACACCUUUACGUGUUACAUUGGCAGGAGGUCAUGCACCUUUAUCACUGUUUUAUUCUCAGGCACACCGUUUUCUUUUUUUGCAUUUCUUUUGUAUUCUUAGGACUGGCAUGACCUCAAGCAGGUGAUCUCUUGCCCACAUCAGGGUUGUGGUUUAGCGAAGAACUUUGAAGUUUUAAGGAUGUUGUUGCUUCUUCAGAGUUUACUGUUUCUCGGUGCAAUAUUUGUGAAAGACAAACAAACUCUUUCAAGCUGUAUGUGAUCGUACACACUAGUCGAUGAAACAGUGGCAUGUGAAGAUUCUUUGUGACCAGAUUCCUAGUCCCAUGUGUUGCCUGAAAAAGCUCCGUUCAUGUUGUCACCAUGCUCCCAAUCAUUGUUUGGCUGAAUGGCCUGAAACACUUUCAUUUCCUCUCAUUCUGAAACUCAUACAUGACAGCAUAGAAUGGUAGUCUGUCAACAAUUUCAACUGGCAUCAGUCACCGACUGGAUUGUGGACCAGAAAAAAGUAUUUGUUUAGUUGUUUUUCAGCAGUCACGCUGCCCCAUCCUUUUGUGAGCUAUUGUUCUUCUUCCUCACCAUAUGUCAACCCCAUUACACAUGUAAGGCCAAGAAUUGCAUUUGAGUGGGCAUUGUGAUGGCACUUUGCACACUGAUGGUGCUCUACAAGGACAAUCAAAUGCUUUUGCCAUUCUAGGAACACAGACAUGCAACUACAACUGUGCAGAGUUCACGAUAGAGAAGGUGCUUGUGGAUACUCUACCUCUAGCAGCCCCAAGCACAGAGGCUAGAAAUAUCACUGAAGCCUGUCUUCAGAUACGAUUUUCAGGGUUUAAUCGGUGCAUUGGUCCAGAGAGCCAUUAUCGAGAAACUGUGCAGUAUGGUCACCUCCUCUCCUAGUGGCAUCUCUGUGUUCCAUGGAGCCUUUCGAAUGCCUCAACUGCAUCAGACAAUCAGUCUAGGCUGUUAAACUUUUCUCAAUCGCAGUGUUCAAGCUUGUUGCAUAGUUGUGUAGAGAGUAUCCAGCCACCCACCCGCACAGGUUGGUCUGGCAUGUAGUGGAGUCGCCAUGUUUUUGUGAAAGGUCACGCUGUAACCAUAGGACAGCUGCGCAGAGUAUACUGCAGCUGCAGAUCCCUCCCAUACAGCACUGUGUCAAAUUAACUCAACUGUUCUGCAUGCAGCAUGCUUACAAUGCUUUUAACGCUAUGGCAGCCAGACACAUUCCAGUCAUUCAAGUGCAGUCUGCACUACGGAGACAGAGUUUUCAGCAAAAAUCUUACAGCCAUUUUCUUGCUGUGCUUUUUAAUAUAGUUGAUGUGUAUACGUUGCAUCAUAGACCUUUUCAUGAGGAGCUUGAUAUGGUUGGUGCCAUAUGUAAGGCUGGACUGUGGCAGGCAGCUGCUGGCUGCUCUAGAAUAGGCCAAAGGGAGCAGGUGCUCAAGGCUCCCACAUGUGAGUGUUACAGUCCAACAAGCAGGUGUCGUAUAAGAAGGUGAACAUCUUAUGGUAUCUUUGGCUUGUCGUAUUGGAGUGCUCUAGACUGAUUUUGCGGCCAGCAAUUGUCUUUGUUUGCCCAAAAGAGAGAAAGCAGCUUGCAUUUGGCUGGUUCUUUUUGAUAAUUCUUCUCCCACGUAGAGCGAUCUCAGGCACUCUGAGCCUUGCCAUCGAAGCAGUCGUCAAGGCUACGAUCGUAUCCAGUCAUGUGAUCAAAACACAGUGUCGUAGCAUUGUUGCUGCUGACAAUGCUCCACUGACCAAAGGCCGCUCAAUGCAUGCUGACAUCUCAACAAACGGUGCUCGUCCCAUCAGCGCAUACACUGUUGUUCUUGGCAGUGUCGAAAGCUUUGGCUAGGCUUCCACACAAAAUCAGAUUUUUGUGGUAGUCACGUGGUUGCACCUCUGCCAUUUCCUCCUCUGACAGUGAGUCGCGCUUUCGUGUGCUUGUCCUCCGGCUCUGAGUUCAAGGAACGCUGGAUCUGUCUAACUCUGAAUCUGAGGACGGAUGCGUCUGGCUGAAGACACCAUUGGUAGUAAUCCUGGGACUGAUAUCUGAAGCACUCCGUGCACACUUGAAUUUCAGGGUGCAUGAGGCUGCGAGGGAACCUGCUUCAUUCUUCACUCCCGCAGCUUAGGCAAGCUUUGCUGGCAAUACUGUGCAAAAGUGCAUUUUCACACAUACAUGCAAAGCACACUGUUAUGGCCAUCUGUAUAUUGCUUGCCAUCUGUAGCAUGGGGAUCAAGAUCUGUGGUUUUAAACUUCAUGGUCAACGCAUCAAAGUGCACAUUGCACACGGCCGGUUGUAUUUGGUGAAUUGAUGCAUCACAAUGCAUUGUUUACAGCUUUGACUGCUCGCUGAGUGGAGGCAGUGUGCUGUGGAGUGAUCAACAGUGCAGUGAAUGUUGUUACUUUGCAGCUUGUUUGUUAUGUAUACAAUGCAUGGCCCUGUAGGCAAAAGUGCAAUAAAUGUUCCAGCAAGC